GAUAAAUACUAAUAUUUCUAUGUGGCUGACGCGGUGUGAAAAUUACAGUCGCUGAAAAAGUCUUUCCCAUGACUGCGUGUCAUAAUGACGAGAUACUCUCAAGACCCGGAAAAUCCGGCCAAAUCAUGCAAGGCGAGGGGUUCAGACCUUCGAGUUCACUUCAAGAACACCAGAGAAACCGCUCAAGCUAUUAAGGGAAUGCACAUUCGCAAGGCUACUCAGUACCUUAAGGACGUUUGCGAAAAAAAGCGAUGCAUUCCAUUUCGUCGAUUUAAUGGCGGAGUGGGUCGAUGUGCUCAAGCAAAAGAGUUCAAAACUACCCAGGGUCGAUGGCCAAAGAAGAGCGCCACAUUCCUCCUGCAGAUGUUGAAGACUGCUGAGAGCAAUGCUGAUGUAAAGGGUCUUGAUGUUGAUUCUCUUGUAAUAGAUCACAUCCAGGUGAAUGCUGCAGCAAAGAUGAGACGACGAACUUACAGAGCCCACGGUCGCAUUAAUCCCUACAUGAGCUCCCCGUGUCACAUUGAAAUGAUCCUCACUGAGAAGGAGCAGAUUGUUCCACGGGUUGAGGAGGAACAGAAAAAGAAGAAGGUUUCAAAGAAGAAGAUUGCUCGCCAGAAGUUAAUGGGCAAGGAGUAGAUCUCUCAAUAAAUUUACUAUUGAAACCGAG